UAGUUUUUAGUGGACAUAUGUUAUAAGUAUGACGUGUUACCUAAUGCUUCUUUAAUUGUAUCAUGCACAUACAGUGUAAGGUUAAUUCGAUCUAUCUGACUUAAUUAUUGUUUGCGCAGUAAAUUUUAGAAUGUAAAUUAAUAAAAUAGGUAAUAGUUAAAUAUGGUGAACACGGAAAACUGUAAUUAAAUAUUUUGAAAGAAAAAAUUGUGUGUUGGACUACUUACUUUCUAAAUAAAAAGAUUAUCACCGGCCAAGAUGUCGAGUGGAGGCGCAACUGGGCCGCUGUUUUAUGCAGUCUUCGCAGCCGUGCUUGGCAUGCUACAAUUUGGAUUCAACACAGGAGUCAUCAACGCACCACGAGCAUUCAUCGAAAACUUCAUCAAUGAAAACUACGAUGUUAAUUCUGGGUUGGUCUUCAGUGUUAUCGUCAGUAUUUAUGCCGUCGGUGGUAUGAUUGGGUGUCCCUUAGCGAGCUGGGUCUCUGAUAAACGUGGUCGUAAAUUCGCUCUACUUGUCAAUGCUGCUUUUGGCGUCAUUGGAGCUGCUCUUAUGGGAUUUAGCGAGACCUCUACGUCAUUGGCUAUGCUUAUCAUUGGAAGAUUUCUUAUCGGUAUCAACUGUGGAUUUGCAACUACAGCAUCACCGACUUACGUAUCUGAGAUGGCGCCAGUUCGAUUGCGUGGAGCAUUUGGAACUGUAAACCAAUUAGCUGUAGCCUUUGGUUUAGUUGGUGGACAAAUUUUAGGAAUUGAUGUAUUGUUGGGAAGCAAUGAAGGUUGGCCAUGGUUGCUUGGAUUGGCAAUUAUUCCAUCAGCUAUUCAAUGCGCAAUGUUACCUUUUGCACCGGAAACACCACGAUAUCUGCUAUUGUCACAGCGUGAUGAAGAACAAGCCAGAAGGGUUUUGAAGAGUAUCAGAGGAACUGACGAAAUAGAAGAUGAGAUUAACGGUAUGCAUGAUGAAGACAGAGCGAUGAAGCAAGAACAAACGUUUACUAUCGGUGAUUUAAUUCGGAUAAAGGCUCUUCGAACUCCUUUAAUAAUAGGUAUUGUAAUGCAUCUCUCUCAACAAUUGGGAGGUAUUAAUGCAGUAUUGUAUUUCUCUUCGACCAUUUUCAUAAAAACAGGGCUAUCGGAAGGAGAUGCGAGGUUGGCAUCUAUUGGUGUUGGUAGUAUGCUCUUCAUAAUGGCGUUGGUUUCAAUACCGUUAAUGGAUCGCCUUGGUAGGCGAACUCUUCAGUUAUGUGGCCUCGGUGGUAUGACUGUCUUCUCAGUUCUGAUGACAAUUGCGUUCUUUACUUAUGAAAAUAACAAAACUAUGAGUAUUUUCGCUGUUAUUUUUACACUGCUAUACGUUGGUUUCUUCGGUGUGGGCCCUAGUUCUAUUCCUUGGAUGAUUUUAUCAGAACUGUUUGGACAGGGUGCGAGAAGUGCUGCCGUUAGCGUCGGGGCUUUAGUUAAUUGGUUAGCCAACUUCGUAGUAGGUCUUACGUUUCUUUCGAUGUCUGAAUUAUUGGGCAACUAUGUAUUCGUACCAUAUACGAUAUUAUUAAUCUUCUUCUAUGUAUUCACUUACUUCAAAUUGCCAGAAACCAAGAAUAGAACGAUAGAAGAAGUGACGGCUCUCUUUAAAAAUUAGUUCUCAACCUCAUUAUCCUCGGAAAGUAAUCGCAAUAAGUCUACGUUAUCGAUUGUGAUAGUUACUGUAUUACUCUUAACUAUAUUUUAUAGAUUUUUAACGACCGUUUUUAAUAUAAGUAUUUACUCUAGAACAGUUGGGACGAAUUCUGUUUUAGGUUUAGGAAGACUGAAACCUCGAUAUUUAUCUUUAUAUCCUAGCGAAGUACUUAUUUGGAUGGCAUUGAUAUCUAAAUUAGGUUUAAAUCUAAGUCUUACGGCAUUUAAAUACUGAUUAACUUGCAGAAACUUUUUACUGUUAUUGUUACGUAUAUAUACAGGUAGUAGGUCCAAUAUUUUUCUAAUCAGUUUCAGCACAAUGUUUUUUUUAACAUCGUAUAUUACUUAUUUGUUUUACUCGUUCUAUUUCAUCACAGUGCCUUACGCUUGUUUGUUAUUUUAAUAAUGGGUCACACUAUCCCGUCGUAGACUUUGUUGAGACAUUCUUCGGUCGUUUGUAAAACACAAUAAUUGAUGGCAACCCUUUUAUAAUUCAUCAUGUGCGAUGGUAAUCACUUACAUGCAAAAUUUAUGUUUAGCGAAGAACUCGUACGUACUAUUCGGGUAUAAUAUAUCCUCGGGUAUAAAAUACUGAAAACAUAAUUUAUGAACGAUGCGGGACUCGAACCCUCGACAUCUCGCGUUCUGUGCGAGCGCUCCUCCACUGAUCCAACCGUUCGAGUGACGUAUCGUGGUUAUAACUUGUAAGUCUUGUUCAACUCUCAGGUUGUGGACAUCUACAGGACAACCUGAGAUUCGAACGUAAUACUGAAAAUAUUUAGACGUACAUUAAUUGCCUGUGUAGCUCUGAAAUGGAGUAUUCCCGGAGCAAUUCAACUCUAUCUAUAUGAUCAUCUUAAAUGUAACUAUGGCAGAUUAAUUCGGGAUUAUUUACAUAACAUACGUUAUUAUUUACAUUACAUACGUUAUUAUUUACAUUACAUACGUAAUUAUUUACAUUACAUACAUAAGUAUUUACAUGAAAAAUAACAUUGCGUUUCUUUGCUAUCAUGAAAUUAUGUUUGAUUGCUCCUUUUUUGCCAUUCCUUCAUAAUUUGUAAUAUUUUACCAUUUUUGUGUGAAAUAUAAUACACGAAAUACGUUAGUUUGAACGCGGCUUUAUAAACAACAGUAUCACAACUUUUUGAUGUGCAUAAUAAUUAAGAUUGUUUAUAAUUAUAGAUAUUAAUUUAUCGUUUAACUAUAAGUAAAUAUUAUGUUUGUUGUUUUUCCUUAUACAGUGAGUUCAAUCAGAAAAUCAAAUACUUUUUUAUAUAAUAUAUAACUUUUGUAUAUGAUAACUUUUUUUUUUAAUGUUUUUGCUUGCCUGUUAAUAUAAUAUGAAUCAAACGUUUUAAGCAGUUUUAAACAAAAAAAACUACUGUUUAGUAGACAAUAGAAGAAUAAUUAUACGGAUGUUAUAUAUCAUUUUUUUCUUUGCACGGUUGAUUUACAGAAUUCUCUUGUUCUGUUAUAUAUUAUUUAACAAUAAUUAACAAAUGUUAAUGAAAUAAAAUGAUAAUCUGUAAUAUAUAUACCUACCUAUAAUAUAGAUACCGCAGGCGUAAAGUGCGGCAACUAAUGUUACGCCCAAGUGGAGCCAGUCUCGAACAAUGUGUGACGUUGACGUGCCACAUGUUUUGUUAAACUUUGCGCGUAGUAACACUUAAUAAGAUAAUACAACAAUAAAUAAGAAAGACACUGGAAUCACAUAUCAUCAGUAAGUAUUUUGUAUUUUAUUAAUUUAAAUGCAAAAAAACCCGAAGCCUAUAUAAGUAACAAAUUUUGAAAGAUAACAUUGAGUCUUAAGAUACCACGCACAGAAGCAUCUUGAAAAAUAGGCUAUUCUUAGGUAGUGCGGUAUCUAGUUGGUGCGCAGCGGAGAGCAAUCUUUAAUCUAAGGAGUAGCAAGUAUGAAGUUAGUUUGUAAUGAUAUUCUAUUGCACAUUCCAUUAAAACACAUCGCAUUUUCACCGUCCUAAGAUAUUGUAGUGCCAAGAUUUUGUGUUAGGAGGCGAUAUAUACACUGUAGUAGCGUGAUGAGUAGUAGGUACAGGGUUUCCAACCGUACUCUAAAAUAGAGUAUUGAACUCUAUAUCAUGUAGGCGUACUCUAUAAUCUAUAACACUAAUAGAGUAUGAUAAAAUAUUGUUUUCUACACAAUGUUUACUAUACUAUUUUUUUUUUCUUUUUUUAUGAAAAUAAGGGACGAGACGAUGAUACGCCCUGCCCAUUACAAUGCAGUGCCGCUCAAGAUUAUAGAAAAAUCCAAAAAUUCUGAGUGGAAUUAUAACUGCCCUUGAGACAUAAGAUGUCUAGUCUCAUUUGCCCAGUAAUUUCACUAGCUACGGCGCCCUUUAGACCGAAACACAGUAAUGCUUACACAUUAAUGUUUCACGGCAGAAAUUAGCUGGCAUCCGGUGCAAAGGAGCCUCCCACGGGUAAAUACUAGUGCCAGUCAUUUAAUAUUAUGCAAACCCAUUAUUAUAACCAAAAAAGUAGACUAUUUACUGUUAAUAUGUUAACAAAAAAUACAUAAAAAAUACUUAUUUAAAAAUAUAAACGGUACUCUUUUUUCUAAGUCCGUACUGUUUAUUUACCUCCUUUGAAAUCAGAUGUACCUACUCUAUUUCUUCUUUUCAACGCGGUAGGCGUUACUUUGAUUUGAGUUUUCUUUACUGUUAUUUCCGGCAAUAUUUUGUCUUUAAACAAUUCGACACGUGUUUCACCUCUACACGAGGCAUCCUCAGGAGAUGUUGACUCGCCAAACUGGCGGAAUUAACACUAAAUCUAAAUAGAUAUCUCACCAGUGGGAUUCUCCUUUGCACAGGAAGCCGGCGAGAUUAUGGGUACCACAACGGCGCCUAUUUCUGCCGUGAAGCAGUAAUGUGUUAGAAUUACUGUGUUUCGGUCUGAAGGGCGCCGUAGCUAGUGAAAUUACUGGGCAAAUGAGGCUUAACAUCUUAUGUCUCAAGGUGACGAGCGCAAUUGUAGUGCCGCUCAGAAUUUUUGGGUUUUUUAAGAAUCCUGAGCGGCACUGCAUUGUAAUGGGCAUGGCGUUUCAAUUACCAUCAGCUGAACGUCCUGCUCGUCUCGACCCUUAUUAUCAUAUCAUAAAAAUCAUAAAAAAAAUCUAUUUCUUCUAAUAAAACUUGGCAACCCUAGGUAGGUAUGUCCGUAAUGUACCUGAAAUUACACUACCUAAUGAAAAGUUCACUCCGCGAUAACAUUUUGUUCUGUACCUCGUUACUAUAUUAUAAAUAUUGUACCUAUUGUUAGAUGUAACAGUGGUUAAAGAACUUGCAGAAUACUUCUUAAUCACUUGAGGUCCAAAUACUGGAUACUGUAUUAUUGUAUGUAUGUAUAUUAAGAAUAUAUUUAGUGAAACUCUGUAUACAGGACGUCGUUACAUGUAUAUACGAUAUAAAUAUAUUUAUAGUUUGUUUUAACAAGAAUAUGAUAAUCCUUGUUGCUAUUAGAUAUUGAGUCAGGCGUAAGCUCUGAAAAUUUCACCUACCCACAUAUCUAAUUUUCUUAAAUAACGAAAACGAAUAAGUAUUGAAAAUUUACUCUGUUCUGUACUAAAAUCAACUAAUUAUUAAUUACAAUUUGAUACUGUAAUUAGCAAGUAUGAAGCUUAGAGACUAAUUAAUUCCCUGGGCGACACAAUACGUAAUCUUUUCUGCACAAAUAUGUGUUAUGAAGGUAGAGUCAAAACCAUAGAUUUAGAAUAUACUAUCGUAAAUGUUUUUAAUUGUCAAUGUGUGUGAUAGCUAGUAGUUUACCUAAUAUUGAAAAUACUAAGGGGCCAUAAGAGGUGAUGUCACUUAUUUCGCUUCAUUUCAAUUACGUUUAGAUAUUUUUGAAAUUAAAACAGCAGUGUUUCGAAAUUAUUUUUAUUUAAAUUCAGUUUUCUUUGCAAUUAUUUGAUCUUCGAUUUAACUCUUGAGCAUAAUUAUAAUUUGAAAGUCGAUGAAACGAAAAAGCGAGACUGAGAUAGGAAGCAUUAUACAGUGUAGUUUUGGAACCAGGCGAUCAUAGUUUACUAAGAGAUUGUCUUAUAUAUGACGCGAGUAUACCUUAAUAUGUUCUGACAUAAUGUCACACUUCUCCAACACUCCGUCCGUCCCCCUUAACAAGUGACGUAAUUUGUGGAUGCUAAUGGAGCUUCUGCGAAGCGUGGCUGACUGUUUACGACUUGUCAAUCAAAAUGCGUUACAGUAACAACAGAUUCGUUUAUCUCUAUCUGUUGUACCUCCGUCAGAGCAUUGCUUCUCUCUCGCAUGUUUUAUUAAUCUAAACGCUAAUAUAUUGUAAUUCUAUGGUCAAAACACAUAUUAUGAUAUCUCACUACAUAAAUUAAUUCAUGAAAUGAAACUGCAGUUUAAAUAUUAAAUAUUAUGUUUAAUUUAUUACUCGCAACUCCCAAAACCUUGCAAGAAAAAAAUACCACAUCAAUAACUCCAACAAAACUUUACACUUUGAAUACUAGUAGGUACACGGUAAAGAGUAUGCAUAGUAUUAAACGCUCAAAUAUAUAAGCACUGUUGAUUAAAUAUAAUAAAUUAGUUUUAAUAAUAUAUAAAUUUAGAAUCUAAAGUAUAUUAUAUCUAUGUUAACAUAUAGAAUGUGAACAAUAAUCAGUUCUGUAACUAAUACGCACUAACUCCUCGUUUACACCAAGAAACAAAUCUAAAACUUGUUUUAUACAAAACUUGUUGAAUACUUGUCAAAACAUAAUUAUUUGUUUUAAACAUGUAUUGCACUUGUCUGAAUAAUACUUUCGUUCACACUGUGUUGCAAACAAGUCUAUAUGUAACGUACGAGUAUAAAACACAUUUGCGUUCACAUAUUAUAGGUCUGAGACAUGUUUGAUCCAGUCUGAUACAUUGACAGCGUUCACACCAACAUAAUAAACUGUAAACUACUGAUAAGUGAAUUGAAAUUUUUCGUUCUUUCACUCCAUAACCUUGUGUAUUCUAAUUUAUUAUAGACAUAAUUUUUUUAGGCGGAUACUAGAAAAAAAAAUCAAAUCUAUUAGUUAGUAUAGUUUCGGUGCAAACAAUUUUUUAUUCAAUACAUUUAAAUUUUAUUUUAUCAUGAAUUUUUUUUCUUAUGGAAUUUUUGCCUCAGAUUUUACUUGUGUUAUUUACUUAGAUAAUUUAUACGUCUACACAGAGUAUUUAGCUGCUAGACAACCAAUAACAACAGGCCACGUUUAAUACUUUAGUGUGCGUGAUAAGCUACGUCUUACACUCGCGAUUUGUAUGUCACUUUGUGAUAGUGUGCGUGCAUUGCUCAAAGUAGAGGUAUGUGUAAGUGUCAACCUCAAUUUCUUUCGUCGUUUUCACAGCUGUCACAGUCUAUCCAGACGUAUAAAUGGUUAUUUUAUAUUGAAUAUUCAAGAAAUUGUUUAAUUUUUCCAUUUUAAGAGAUAUCAAAUACUGAAAAUGUUAAAUAUGUGUCAAAGGUAUGUUUGACAUUGACAUGUGUCAAGAUAAUGUUGGCUGUAUUUGUUAAACCACAGCGCGUGUUGGUUGGCAGCGAGGAAUAAACGAUCUUCAUCUAUAUCUGUGGUAGUUUCAUCACAUACGUUUGUUUUUUAAUACAAACAUUUAUUGUACUAUACAUAUUACAUAUUAAAAUUGCGUAAUAUUUGCUUAAGCCUUAGAUAAAAGAUUGGUCUCCGCUGCGCUCCAAAUAGAUACCUACCGCCUACCGCAUUCGUAGUCACAAAGUGCGAGGCUAAUACUACGACCUACUGGGCAUACUCGAGCCAGUCCAGAACAAUGUGUGACGUUGACGUGCCUCAUGUUCUGUUAAACUUUGCUAAUAAGUAAUUGAAAUUUUGUAUUAUGAAAAUUUGUAUUGUAUUCAUUUCAAUGUAAAAUAACACGAAGCGUAUGUUACAAAAUUUGAAAGAUACCAUUGAGUGUCAAGAUGCCACGCACACAAGCAUCUGAUAGUUGCAGUAAUAAAAAAGCUAUUGUUCUUAGGUAAUGCGGUAUCUAGUUGGAGCGCAGCGGACACCAAUCCUUAAUCUAAGCAUAAAACAUUAAAAUUGAAUAACUUAAAUUAUUUAAGCUUAUUAUGAGACUUUAUAUAAGUUGAAAGCUGCGUCUAUAUCGCAGGAUUAUUAUCAAAGCCAUUCGAAAUUAUUUUUUUAUAAACCUACGUAUUGUUGUCAUUGUAUUGUAUUCUAAUAUUACGGAUUAUUCAGUAUUAUUGUGAUUUAAACUACCUACCGACGACGAUAAGGACAACGUAUAAUCCGGCUAGGUUUGAAAGCGAUCAGUUGCUUAUAAGGUAGUGGAUUUCGGCUAUCUCCAUUUUAUACAAGACUAGCUGACCCGGCAAACGUUGUUUUGCCAUAUAAAGUAUAAUUCACGCGAUAGUUUUAUAAGUAAUAAAAUAUUGCCUAUAUUAUAGCCUGUACAUAAUUUUGUUCUAUUGUCAAUAGUUUUUGCAGCGCACGCAAAAAUAGGUUUUCGAUUUUACACCUUGUGUUACAAAAUAGCAACUUUAUUACGGAUCCCUAAUUUUGAAAAAAAAAACAUAGCCUAUAGCCUUCCUCGAUAAAUGGACUACCCAACACUGAAAGAAUCGUUCAAAUCGGACCAGUAGUACCAGAGAUUCGCGCGUUCAAACAAACAAACACUGCAGCUUUAUAAUAUUAGUAUAGAUUAGGUAGCUCACCAUAAAACUGAAAUAAUUCCGUAAUAUUGUUAUAAUUUGCGAUGACGACAAAAAACCUGUAGGCGAAUUUUAUGAAUUGUAAUAAUCCUAGUGUGCUAUCCACACAUCCGCAAUCGACUUCGUUUCAAGAACGAUGUUUAUACUGCUGUAAUUUUUUUUCUCAUUUCUAGAAGGUAUCAAUCAUGUUUAUAUAAAUGUAUCAUGUAUUAAUUCCACUGAGGUAAUAUUUACUCCGUACUAGAGAAGAUAUUUCAUCUUUAUUGUUUAUAGUUAAAUCACUUAGUCUAUGGUAGGCGUUUGUACUGGAUAACACGCAUUUGAGUGCUGGUUUUAAAAUAUACCUAUGUAUAUUUGUAUUAAUAUACUGUUAUACUAACUUUCAAAAAACAAGUAAAAAUCAAGAAGUUACUUUACACCACUAAGCUUAACUUUAUUAAAGUUAAAACACGCUUACUUUAAGCACAGAGUAGGGAUGGGAUGUAAUAGUUACGUAUUUAAAUAUCGAUUAAGCUGGUGAUGACAUGAAUGAAUGAAAGUCAAAGUGCUUGCCCGCUGUCAUCAAGUUGCGCCCUAAAAGUUCGGAAUGGUUUCUCUAGACGUUAGUACACAUUACCUCAAGGAAAAAAUUCUAUAUUUUUGCGCGUGUUAUUAGUUUUUAUAAAUAAUUUGUGAUUAUUUACCAUUCCAGUUUAAACUUUGUGUAAGUUUUAUGUUUAUUUAUGAAAUAUAAAUAUAUAUAAAUGAAACUAUGUAAAAGUAGUUGAAAAUAAAAAAUAAAUACGAAUUUAAUUCGCUGUUGGUAUUAAAUUAUUAAGGAAUA